AUGCUCCGCCUGCUCCUCACCUUCCUCUGGCUCAUUCUGAUCUCGCAAUCGAAGCUCGACUCGUGCGAGCAGUGGAUCCAACAGCUCGGCGAUCUCGACGUCUUCUCGGAAGCCCAGAUCCGCACGGUUUGUAUGCAUCAGCGGCAGUGGGUGAAGGAUCGAGACGAGGAAGCGGGCCGCCAGUUUUUGGAGGUCACCACUGGUGAGCUAUCCGCUUCUAGUCGGCCCCCAAUUUAUUUACAAGUUUCCAGAAAACCAACUGAAAUAUCUUCGACACGUGGAACAGUGCACUCGCGAGAAUUGUGUCAGAGACGCGAGGAGGAAGGUGGGUUUUUGAGCCACGUUUCAUGCCGCGUCCAAAGUCUCGGAAACGCCGCAAAUCUCGCGGAUUUUGCAGUCCAAAGUCGGCAGAAAAUUGCGAGAAAUUCCGGGGUGCGCACAGCUGAACGAGUGUUACCGUACACCAUAAAAACUACGGUAUUUUUUUUGAAAAAUUUACCCAAGAAAUUUGAAAUAUUUCAAAUAUUCUCUCGAGAAAUUCAAAUUUUUUUCAAAAAAAUACCGUUGAAAAAUUUACUCAAGAAAUUGGAAAAAAAUUUCAAAUAUUCUCUCGAGAAAUUUAAAUUUUUUUCAAAAAAAUACCGUUGAAAAUUUACCCAAGAAAUUUGAAAAAAAUUUCAAAUAUUCUCUCGAGAAAUUUAAAUAAAUUUUUUUCAAAAAAAUAGUUUUAUGGUGUACGGUAACACUCGUUCAGCUGUGCGCACCCCGGAUUUCCCGCAAAUUUCUGCCGAUUUUGGACAGCAAAAUCCGCGAGAUUUGCGGGUUUUCCGAAACUUUGGACGCGGCAUUAUGAUUGUGUCCACAAUAGAUUUAUUUUUCUCUCAGAAGCGUGCGCCAUCCAAAUCGAUCCGAAAAGAGAUCCGAAUGAUGUCGCCGUCGGAACUUCGCGACUUGGGAUUGGCGAUGAACGGUCUCAAGAGCCGACAGAUUGACAAUAUCACCGCGUGGGACCUCCACACCCUUGUACACUACCCGGAUAGUGCUCCUGGUGCCCACUGGGGACCAGCUUUCCUCCCAUGGCAUCGAGAAUUCCUUCGACAAUUCGAGAUUGCUCUGCAGACAGAAGUACCCUCGGUCACUCUUCCCUUCUGGGAUUCCACACUCGAUCAGGGUGAGUUUUCCGGAAGUUUUGGAAGACGCUCUGACGUGAAUCCGACAUUUUUCAUCUCAAAGUGCACCGUAAUCGGUUAGAUUGUUAGUUUUGCGCAUACUUUCAGCCUCCUCGCCCUUUUUUUGCACCUUUUUGCCCAAUUUUCAAUUAGACAUUGCCGCACUUGCUCAGAGAAAAAAUUGCAGGCCUUCCGGACGAAGCGGAUAGUGUUCUGUGGACGGAUGAGUUGUUGGGCAACGGGAACGGAUACGUGAAGACUGGUCCGUUUGCCAAUUGGGACACGAACGUGCUGAUGCCGUUGAGCCAGAUUCCGGUGAAGAAGUUGUACAGGUUGGUUAGUGGUGCGACAGCAUUCGCUUUCAAUUAUUGUUGCUUUUUAUAACGGCAAUCACUAUUCGAUUGAUUGCAAAACAUUUUCGGUUCGAUUCUUGGUACAUCCACGGUCUCCAGAGCUGAAAAUCAGGCAUUUUCAUGAAUUGAGCAAGUUUUCUCUGAUUUUUCUGGUUAAAGGCGAUGAAAAAUGCAUGUUCGACAUGAAAACACACUAAUUCUCACAGAAUUUAUGACGUUUUGGCGCAUUUUUCGCGGAUUUCGCUUUUUCGCCUUCGCCGCCGAUCGCCGCCUAAACCGCACUUCUCAUUUUGCGUUUUCUUUACCGUUUUCCGACAGAAUUGGUUUUGAGAAUGAUAAAUCACGUAAAUACAAGCAUUUUGAGCGCUCGAACCGCGAAAAUUACCGAAAAGCAACUGAAAUUCACGCAGUUUUAGCCAAAAACCUUCAAACUUGACCAAAUUUAACGCUCUUGCGCUUAAAAAAGUCGUAAUAGCCUAUAUAAUCGGUUUAUCGAGAGACAAAUAAGAAAUUAUCGAUUUUUCGUGGCUAAUCUGGCAAAAAACACAAAUUUUGCUGUAAAAAUUUGAAUUUCGCGCCAAUGUAUCGCUCUAUUGGGCGGGGCGCACUUGCGCCCAUUGUCAGCUCUCGAGACCGUGGUAAAUCUAAAAUAUUCUGGUCCUUUUUUCAAUUCAAAGUCUCAUUAGUUUCCAGAUCAACCGGUGGAAGGGAACAGGACCGUUUGAUGACGCCGAAGGACGCGAAUUGGAUUGUCACUAGGAAGAAUUUCAGGUAAACUUCCAGAAAAUUGUGCUGUUUCAGUCUGCCUUGAUGAUGAUGUCUCGAAUCCACUAAAAACAGUUCCAUCGCAUUAACUUUUUCUCUUAACUUUUUCUAAGCUCCUCUCAUUUGUAUUGUUCAGAAAUCGGCACAUUUUGAGGUGAAAUGAUCAACUGCAAAGUUGUAGAGCACAACAUUUACAGCAACUUUUCGCAGAGAUGCAGGCUUUCGAAAAUAAUUCAAAAUUUGCAGUCAACUAACGUUCUGUCACGACAAGACCUUUGAAAGUAUGCACGGAUUGAGCCACGUGUGGGUCGGAGGAUUUAUGUACGUUAUCAGGUCAGUUAGUUACCAAUCAACAUCUAAAAGGACGGUCAUGUGUUCAGAGUGAGUCCGAAUGAUCCGACGUUCUACAUGCACCACGCGUUCAUCGACAAUCUCUGGGAACAAUUCCGACAGCACAGUCAGACGAGGGAGGAGCGCGAGACGCAGUGGGCGACAGUAAACACCCGUUUCUAGGCGGUGUAUAACCAUGUUUUCUUGAAGAAAAACUGCAACGACAACCACGGCUACGACGUGCAAAUGAAGCCGUUCACGAUUCAGAAUCGUGAUGGGCUCGCGAAUCAGUACACGGACGAGUGGUACGAGUACCAGCCGGUCAGGCACUGCUCCGCGCACGAUGCCACCUGCGAUUCGGCCUACUAUUGGUGCGAUCGACAAUUGUGGAGAUGUCGGAGCAGGGUAAGAAACGUAGUUUGUGAGACAGACUGAAAACUCAACAACUACAUUCAGCAGACUUGCCAAAUCCCGGGCCGGCCCGGAAGUUAGACCUCAAAAAAAAUAUGCAAAAAAAAUAUGAAGGAAGAGGAACACGCGUGCGGCAAAAUUGCUAAAAUGGCGUGCCAGAGUUGCAAUCAAUCGCUCCGCCCACUCUUGAGAAAAUUUUCGUAAUUUUUGUGAAAAUUUUGCGACUUUAAACAGCAAUUUCUAUCUUUGAAUUUUUAGGUGCAUCCUCCCGGGCCGACCGGGCCGGGCCGGGCCGGAAAAUUUCCAAUUUUGGCCCGGCCCGGCCCGGCCCGGCCCGUUGCAAGUUUGACAUUCAGGUUGUCUAUGGCGGCAAUUGCACCGGAUUCGAGGGCACUCAAAUCUGCUACAACUCGGUGUGCAGCCAGGGUAAAUGUGUAGUGCCGCCGAGAGUUCGAAGUGCGACAAAGACGCGAAUCGAAGAGGGAAACGAGCGUUCGGAAAUGAAAGAGCGAUUGUGGACGAAGACGGUUCUGUUGGACGAGAAUGCGAAUGGGAUUGAGGACGAUUUGUCGAGGGUUGUCAUCACCGAUCUGGAUACCAAUCACACGUACAUUGUGUUCAAUCAGGGCGCCGCCGAGUUUCCAGAGAUACCGGUUGGUUAAAGCAGAGUUGCCACGGGCCGGGCCAAAAUUUUCAAAACUCCGGCCCGGCCCGGCCCGUCGGCCCGGUUCAAAAAGCGGGAAUCCAAAUUUUGAACUAUUGAUUAAAUAAAAUGUUUGUUUUUCGUAGAACUAACGAAUUUUGCAAGUAUCGAGCAUAAAAAAGAAAUGUAGUUCUCAAAAAUAGUUUUUAUUGGCAUCAAAGCAAAAGUUUUAAUUUUGAUCCCCGCAAAAAAAACGAAAAAAUAGAUUUCCCCCAAAAAUUUGAAUUCGCGCCUUUUGAGCCGGGCCGACCGGGCCGGGCCAGCAAAUUUUCGGCCGGGCCGGCCCGUAAUCUGGCAAGUCUGGGUUAAAGUCACUGUACCACGGCGACCAAAAGUCUAGAACGGGGCGUGGCUUAAUCUUGCCGCAAUUCCAGCACACUUUUCCGAUAUUUUUGUGUUUGAUAUCGACGAAAAAAGAGCACAUUAAAGAGAGAAAACAUUGAAAUUUUCGUGAAAACGCCGCGUUUGAGACGUUUUUGGCAUAUUUCGCAAUACGCUCUCCGCGGCCAAUCGCCGCCGCAAUUUCCGAAUUUUCAUACCGGCCGAUGUGGAUAGUUUUGAGACGAAGUGAGUGUCGGAAGUGAUUAAGCACGUUAAUACAAGUAUUUUAAGCGUUCAAACGGCAAAAAGUAUCGGCGAAUGACUGAAAUUCGCGCAUUUUCAGCACGCAACUUGAAAAUCGAUUCAAUUUAUUCAUUCUCUGAAUGAAACCUGAUCGUUUUAAGCUCAAAAAGUGCGCGCGAUGAUUAGUUUAACAAAGCUAUGCAAUUACAUCGUCGAAACCCGUACAAAAUUUGGGUAAUUUUUGACGAAAAACAUGAAAAAAUGGGGUUAAAUUUCGAAUUUCGCGCCAAAAUGAGGCUUUCUACGUUUUUGGUCGCCGAGCGCUCUGUUGGAAAAGUCGAAAAAUAAAACUUUUCCAGGGAACGGUGUACCUGAGCCUUCCGAAGCCGCGAGCCGGUAAGAUGAGCCGAGUUUUACUCGAAGCCAGGGACCAGUUCGGAAGAUAUUGUCAGGCACAGUGUCUCAACGCGACCAGCGAGAGAUAUCAGGUCUGUCAGCCGAAUCUCAACGUCUCACUGAACUCGGAUCUCUCUUCCCCGAUCGCAUUCACCCAUUCGGCGUCUUCGAGAACGUAAGCUCUCAUUCCACACAGACCGCAGACCUCAAACUUGUUUCCAGAUUCCUCGACAUUGACCUAUCGGUGCAUCCGCGUCUGAUCCGUCCCGAAAUGCCGUACGUCGUGUUCGUUUGUUCGCGUAAACUCGUCACCAGCGCCAUGAUCAAGCAGGCGACGGAAAGUGUGCGAGCGCCGGUCUCCACGGAGAAUUACGUCUUCUUCCGGGUCGCCGUCUUCAGAGCAAUCGAUUCUAAUUAUCAGGUAAGGAAGAGGUGGAAAAAAAAUAGAAUCGGAAUUGACAAACCUAGCGCAUUAAUUAUUGAUGUCUGGAACAGAAAAGAAGCUUUACGAUCGGAUUGAAGUGUGUCAGGUCCAAAGCCUUCUUGUACUCAAUAUCAGUGUUGAGCGGAAUUCCGUCUUCCGUCUUCCGUCUUCCGUCUGCCGUCUUCCGGGAUUUUUCUUAUUACCGUAAAAGAGUAAUAGCUUUUCAAAAGCCAUUUACUAGUCCCGAAGAACGCGAACUUCCACGGGCAGUACCCAGAUCCAAAAGUUUUGUUGCUUUAGUUAUUUAAAAAAAAAAAAAAACCGGAAAAAAAGGCUCUGAAUUGACGAUUUUUUGUUCCGUAUUCCGUCUGCCGUCUUCCGUGAGAAAAAUUUUCUUCCGUCUUCCGUUUUCCGUGUUCCGGAUUUCAAAAUUCCAUUUGCGCUCAACUCUGCUCAAUAUACUUCAAUCCACUGGCCCACCCUUCAAAUCUGUUUCUGCUGAUCAAUCAUUUUCAGAUCGAAGUAUCGCCCUCCUCUUCGGACAUUGGCCCUCCAUUCUUGUCGUCCAUCGAAAAAGCGGCGUCCGCCUUCGACCCGAACAUUGUGUUCGUCCAGGCACCGAAUCCAGAGCUGCACCGCGGCGGAGUACGUGUCCGGGUCUCGAUUCUGAGCAACGGGAAUCGGAUCAACUGCCAGGUCAAGUGUACCGAGGUAAGCGAUCGAUUUCUGUAAUUUUGAAACUGGAAAGUUUAUUGGCAAAUGUUCAGAAGGACGGCUCAAUGCACUCGUGCUCGGGAGAAGUGGACCUCCACUCGGAAUCGCACUUGUCGCAAGAGGACGUCUUCACUUCGGACGCGCAUUCGUUGCCGGUCCUCGGCUGGAACAUGCGCGGACACCCCUCGUUUUGGAGACACAAAAUGCCGUUUUUGUCGUUUCAUUGUUAG